AUGCGAGGUAACUGCAACUCCUUACGACCAAAUUACCUCGGCGAUGUGGAAGCACAUAUGACUGUCCCAGAAAUAAUUAAUCGAUGGGGAUAUCCGGUGGAAACGCAUACAGUAACGACAGAGGACGGUUAUAUUCUUGUUAUGCAUCGAAUACCUCAUGGUCAAAAAGAAAGUCGUAACAGCAGUGUUUCGAAACCCAUAAUUUUUCUUCAACAUGGACUGCUCUGUACAAGUUCGGUAUGGAUUAUGAAUCAACCUCAUCAGUCAGCAGCAUUUAUUUUUGCUGAUCUCGGGUUCGAUGUAUGGAUGGGGAACAAUCGAGGAAAUACUUAUUCUAGAAAACAUUUGAAAUAUAGCGCCAGAAAUCGGCAAUAUUGGCAUUUCACUUGGAGCGAAAUGGCGAAAUACGAUAUGCUUGCAAUGAUUAACGGUGUCUUGAAGUGGACAAACCGUUCUCAUCUGUAUUAUGUUGGUCAUUCUCAGGGCACGCUUACCAUGUUCACAAAGCUUUCAGAGGACGAACAUUUAAAUAAAAAGGUGAAGAUAUUUUUUGCACUUGCACCUGUCGGAACUAUAGCUCAUGUCAAAGGCUUAUUUUCAGUCCUUGGAAAUUCCAUGUAUCGACAGUUUCAGAUUUUUUCACUGUUAUUCGGUGAUACCGAAUUUCUGCCAAAUAACUUCAUCACUCGCUUAAUAACUAAGUUCAUAUGUGGAAUCGCUUCAAAGAAACCUUUGUGUGAAAAUUUUAUUUUUAUGCUUAGCGGUCCAGAUAGUCACCAACUUAAUAAGUCAAGAAUUGGAGUUUAUUUAAGUCAUAAUCCAGCGGGCACGUCGACUAGAAAUAUGUGGCACAUAGCACAGAUGGUGCGACAUGGAAAACAUAGUGCCUUCGAUUAUAUAUUUCCAGCCCUCAAUAAAAAAUUCUACGGAACGUCUGAGCCACCUACUUAUAACAUUUCUACUAUAACAACAGAAAUGCAUCUUUACUACAGUGAUGAAGACUGGAUAUCCACUGGAACAGAUGUCCGAAAUUAUUUAUUGACCAAUCUUCCUUCCGCUUAUUUAAAAUCGGUCAACAAAUUGAAAGACUUCAACCAUAAUGAUUUCUUAUGGGGUUGGAGAGCCCCAAAAGAAAUUUAUCUUCCCAUAGCGAAACAAAUUUGGUCGGACUAUUCGAAAAAUAAUGGUACAGCUGAAGAAAACUGCAAUAAAAUCGUUCAACUGACCGAUAACCAUUGA